AUGGAUAAUAAAGAAGAGCAGGAACAGGAAAUUGAUGUUCUGCGGUCAAUUUAUCCUGAUGAGCUGGAAAUCCUGAGUGAAAACAAAUAUAAUAUCCAUAUUAAACUGGACACAACACCCACGAAGUUCCUGAUAUUAGAAGUCGAGUAUCCAGAUGACUACCCUCAGGUUGUUCCAGUAUUGGACGUCGACAAUAGCGACGGUUCAUAUGUAAAUGCAUCAGGAGAAGACGAUGAAGGAUAUGACGGGAGUGAUGAAGAGGAAUAUGAAGACGGAAUAGAUGAGACUCAAGGAGAUAGCAUCGAGUUCACUAAUGCAGAUUUGGUGGAUUUGAGAAAGGUGUUGGAGGAAAAUGCCGAGGAAAAUAUCGGGCUUCCAAGUAUAUUUACGCUAGCAAGUUUACUGAAAGACCAAGCAGAAGAGCUGGUUGAGAAGAAGAUCAAAAUCAAAGAAAAGCAGAGAGAGAAGCUAAUUUUUGAGCAAGAAGAAAAAGAGCAGGCCAAGUUCAGGGGCACGCCUGUGACCCCAGAAUCAUUCAAAGCAUGGCGACUCAAGUUCCGGGCCGAACUCGGUCUCGACAACAAAGAAGAUGCCAACAAACCCAAGCACAAGCUCACCGGCAAAGAGAUCUUCGAAAAGGGACUCAACAAGGACGAGGACGAAGACGACGACACUCCUGCCGAGCCUGACCAAUUAGCAUCCUCUGUAGAGAACCUAGCAGUAUAA